UCCAUGUUUGUCUGUAUGUUGUUUGUUUUCUGAUGUCAUGUUCAGCGUCAUAAGCUCUCCGGGUUGUCAUCAUCGUUAUAUUGUCAUCGUUCUCGGGCCUCGUAAACCACGUGCACGCGGCCUGGACCACUGGAAAGGUUUAUUGACCAUUGUGAUGUCCCGUUAACCCCAUUACCAAAGACGCGUGGAUCCGUCCGCGUGUGUGUAUCUGUGUGUGUGAUCCCGGUCCCUCGGGCCCCGAGCAGAGAGAUGUAUCAAGCUAAGCUCUAAUUAAAAUAAAAACAGCAAAGAACGAUGGAAUGAUUAAAUCGUUAGUCUCGCCGCGGGAAGUGGUAUUUCGUUUUCCCUUUCAAUUAGAGGUUGAUUGGGCUUUUCAGAGGAGGUCAGCUGUGAAAUCUGGAUUAUAUAUGCGCGCAUUCACGUGGACCGUUUUUCCCACUCCUGCUUUUCAAACGGGCUGCGCAACUGCACCUUAAAUAAGGGACAUUAAACUUUUUUGUUGUGUUUUUUUUUUUCAGCACGAGGUGUUUUCUUUCAUCUUCAGCCGCGCGCAUACACAGGCAUUGGCCAUUCACUCAUUCACCAUCACCAGCAGACGGCGAUAAGGGCGCUUUGCCCCGGCAAUUUCAUGCCAUUAUUGGUCUCGCCAUCCUUAUGGCUUCUCCUCUUAUAAAUCAACAGUUUUAGUCCUCUGCCUUUAGGUGCAUGUAAUUUCCCUCUCUGACACAUUACUAUCACUAGUGCAGCCUGCAUUAAUUACAUCCCUGCAGGGGAAGAAAGAAAUAGACUUUGAGGUGCUGGCUGAGCAUCAAAUGUCCUCAAAGUGAAUGAGAUUGUGGUUGUAAUUCCAGUGCGUAAAAAUACAGUUGUGCGUAAAAGUACAGUUGUGCCAGUAGUUCUAUGGCGCACGGUGAAUGUGGGAAUAACCUGGUUUCCUACUUUUAAAUUAAGCGCAGUUAUAAAGAGAAACUGCUGCCUGGCGUGGAAGCUGUCUUUAAAGGAAAUUCGCCAACCAUGGGCCACUAUAUAAUUUCAAAUAUGUUGAGAUGUUUGACUCAUCCUAAUCACAGUCUGCCCCCACCGCUUGGCCGCCGCACCGCUGCUAACAAAUCUUAGUUAUUUUUGUUUAGUUGAAGUCUCUGAGAGGGUGUUUGGAAAUUUCAAAUGCCUUGUGCUAUUUGUGGGAUUGACCCUCCUCUCUGCCUCCUCCUCAUCCUCCCCCUCCUCCACCGUGUUCUUCCUCCACGGUCUUCUAGUCACCUGACCAAACGCCAUGCAAAUCAUUCUGCUGCUGGAGCCUCAUUGGCCGCUUGUGGCUCAUUUAACCGCUGUCAGUGCGCAUCAUAUGGCCGCCGCUUUAACCAACUUCUCAACUCCGACAUAGGGAAAGUGGCUCCAAUGCGCAUUCUGUCACAGUGGAUGUGAACCAACGCAUGCGAAGACAGCGCGAAACACUGGUUGGAAAACGUUUUAUAUUCUUUCUCGGAUUAUUUUUUUGUGUCGUGUUUGAUUCAUUUGGGGUUAGAAUAUCAGUUUUACAGCCCAGUCGACCUGUGGGCACCGAGUCUUCGUGCGCGCCUGACUCAUCGUAAGAUAGACUUUUUCUCUGUUAGUGGUGAAGUUUAACAGCAGGUGAAUGUAUAGCAUGAUGAUGGAGACUGACCUGCAUUCCCCCGGCCCCCAAACCAACACGAACACGGGGCAACCGGGGUCGAACGGCGGGUCCAAAGCGAAUCAGGACCGGGUGAAGAGACCGAUGAACGCUUUCAUGGUGUGGUCCCGUGGGCAGCGGAGAAAGAUGGCACAGGAAAACCCCAAGAUGCACAACUCCGAAAUCAGCAAGCGGCUGGGCGCCGAGUGGAAGUUAAUGUCCGAGGCUGAGAAGCGCCCUUUCAUCGACGAGGCGAAGCGUUUGCGAGCCAUGCACAUGAAGGAGCAUCCGGAUUACAAGUACCGGCCCAGACGGAAGACCAAGACGCUGCUGAAAAAGGACAAAUAUUCCCUCGCCAGUGGGCUGCUUUCUGGGCCCAGUGGGGGCGGUGGAGUUGGUUUAGGGGUCGGUAUGAGUUCAUCGGGGGUCGGACAGAGGUUAGAGAGCCCCGGGGGUCACGGAGGCUCCGCCAGCUCCGGCUACGCGCACAUGAACGGCUGGGCGAACGGUGCGUACUCGGGGCAGGUGGCUGCAGCCGCGGCGGCUGCGGCGAUGAUGCAGGAGGCUCAGCUCGCCUACAGCCAGCACCCGGGCAGCGGAGCGCAUCACCACCACCACCACGCUCACCACCACCACGCGCACAACCCGCAGCCCAUGCACCGCUACGACAUGACAGCGCUGCAGUACAGCCCCAUCUCGAACUCUCAGAGCUACAUGAACGCUUCCCCCUCCGGCUACGGCGGGAUCAGCUACACGCAGCACCAGGGCUCCGGAGUCUCCUCCUCCGCUGCUGCCAUGGGCACGUUAGGGUCGCUGGUGAAGUCGGAGCCGAGUGAAGUAUUCAGCGGUGGACAUGGAUCACUGUGGGAGGGACUGUGAUUUGCAGAUAGCAGGCUGUCAUCAUGAUGAGAUGGGUGCUGACUGAGGACAGGUGUUUGUCACUCUGUUCUGGCUCGGCAGCUGGGCUCCUGUAACCGUGCCUGUCUCGGCUACACUGGCUAAUGUGACUGGGUUGGCCGAGGUGGCGAGGCGGCUGUCUUUCAACCACUGAUCCCUCAGAAGUACUCAUCUGAUCAGGCUGGAUCUGCGCUUCACGGCUGCCGGGGUCACACAACCCAACCCCAGGGUCAACCAGCUAAUUACAGACCCCUGUGUCCUCUGUCACCACUGGGGAUGUGAGGAAGGUGGGGAGGAAAAAUGACAGCGAGAAUAUUAGGGCUUUUGUCAUAAUUCCCUGGUCUCAAAAUACUUGAAUGCUGAUUUGUUUUGCAAUUCUGAUUUACUGCAAAUCAAGCCUUGCAAUGUACUAUUAUCAAUAAUAGGAAUUUUCUUGUCUGAAUGAUACAUUUCUUAAGACAAUAACCCACAAGUAAUAUUUACAAAAUCAAUGCACAUUACAUGUCAGUCAGUCUGACAUUCAUCUAAAUUGAAUGGGACAGUGCUUCAUUAUAUGCACGAUCAAAUGUUUUUUUUUAAGCAAAGCUACAUUUAGCUGCUAACCAUACAAUCAUACAAUAAAUACAAUCAGGCUAAGUAGAAAAUAAAGUGUUUUUUUCCACGUUGCCUACACAGUGUUCACUGAGCUACUGCUGUAAAAAAUGAAUAAUGAAAUUAAACACUGAGCCAAAAUGAAUGAAUAGAGCCAGGACACAACACACAUGUAA